AUGAACCACGGACGAGUUCCCAGCAGCAGCAGUAGCAGCGACCCCGCAGGCGCGCACUUGCUGAGCUCGCUGCACCGCUGCGCUAUUGCACUGUGCUCCAACCAGGCCGUGGCGGAAGGCGUGUGCUCAAUGCACUUGUCCCGUAACGGACCCGCUAGCAGCAGUAGUGGGGCUGUCAGGGACAGUCGCGUCAGUAGCGCACGUGGCCCUCCGCCAUUCUCCGCUACUGUCGACGACCCCAUGACCGAAGACCGGUACUACCACUCCAGCUCUCCCGCUGCGCUGCAGCCACGUGCUGGACCAGCUGUGAAGAAGCACAAGUCGUCGCCUGUCGAGCCUGUGAAUCGCUACGUGAUGGACAAUUCAGGUGCCGGACUGACCCGCGAGAGUUUGAAAGAGAUGGUUAACCAGAUGCAGUACUCAAAGAGCUCGGGGGUUUCCGCCUAUGAGAAUGAUCCGUACGUGACAGCCCAGGGGUCGGGCAGCACGAAUGGAUCCAAUCGCUCCGAGUCGGACGGGUCGGUAGACGAGACGAACUUACGACGUGAACGGAAUCGUAUUGCCGCGCGCAAGAGUCGGCAGCGCAAACUCGACCGCAUUUCGAACCUCGAAGAUGAAAAGAUGCGACUUGAGCAGCACCGGGACAUGCUCGUGCAGGAGAUCCGAAGUCUGGAAAAGAAAGAUGUUGGCACUGCUUCUAGUGUGGUGCUGACCAUCACGGACAAAGAGUACCAGCAGCUUCAGAGCAAGCGGCUGCAGAUCAUCAAGUGUGUGGAAGAGGCUUACAACUCGGGUGACAUUCUAUCGACGAUCAAAUUCUUCCGCGACGACUCGGUCGUCAGCGGUCCGCAGAACUCGUCAGUGCACUUGCGUGGAAAGGACGCUCUUGUACUUGACUACCUAUGUACGACGUACUUGUUCGAUGACGUCCGACUUCACCAUGCCAAAGUAGACUGCGGUGGCCCCCGUAGUCAGCACUUCCGCGUGCACUGGACACUCUCGGGCAUUAUCAAGAGUGCUGGCGUCUGUAUGAACAAGGAGUUCCUGGAGCUGAUUGAGAGCGUGAAGAGCUGCCGUGUGACCAUUGAGGGGGUCAGCAACUUUUCGUUCAGCGGUGACAAAAUUGUGUAUGUGCACCGCACGGCCGACCAGGCCAAAUUUCUGUCGGCGCUCGUCAACUUGAGUAAGCGGUAG